UGAGAAAAGUCUUUCUAACCACUCCCAAGGGCUGUCGACACCGCCACCCUUCGUUUACCGAGAAAUCUUUUCUCUAGACACUUGUUAACUCGACAACAAGAAAGUUAUUUAAAGUAAUUCUUUAGAUCAGGUUUCGGUUCAUUGGUACCCAUUAGGUCUCGUUCUUUGGUUAAAACCUACUUUAUUGAAACUCUCGCUAAUCGGAGCACGAGACGCAGGCAGCAUGGUGCUGAAGUCGGAAGACGGGAUAGUGCCGGACGACCUCACCCCAGAGGAACAGCAAGAGUUGGAGAAUAUCCGGCGGCGCAAACAGGAGCUGCUGGAAGACAUUCAGAGGCUGAAGGAUGAGAUAGCAGAAGUCACAUGUGAGAUCGAGAACCUGGGCUCCACAGAGGAGAGGAAAAAUAUGCAGAGGAAUAAACAAGUGGCCAUGGGCCGAAAGAAAUUCAACAUGGAUCCCAAAAAGGGGAUCCAGUUCCUCAUCGAGAAUGACCUACUGAAAAACACAAGUGACGAUAUUGCUCAGUUCCUUUACAAAGGCGAAGGUCUUAACAAAACAGCCAUUGGAGAUUACCUUGGAGAGAGAGAUGACUUCAAUAUAGAGGUACUCCAUGCCUUUGUGGAACUUCAUGAAUUUACAGACCUCAACCUUGUUCAGGCUUUAAGACAGUUUCUGUGGAGUUUUCGGCUUCCUGGAGAAGCUCAGAAGAUCGACCGUAUGAUGGAGGCCUUUGCUCAGCGCUACUGCCAGUGCAACCCUGGGGUUUUUCAGUCCACAGACACCUGUUACAUCCUGUCAUUUGCCAUCAUUAUGCUGAACACUAGUCUGCAUAACCCCAAUGUGAAAGACAAACCAACCGUGGAGCGAUUCAUCUCAAUGAACCGAGGCAUCAAUGAUGGUGGAGACUUGCCUGAGGACCUGCUCCGGAAUUUGUAUGACAGCAUAAAGAACGAGCCUUUUAAAAUCCCUGAAGAUGACGGCAAUGACCUCACACACACUUUCUUUAAUCCUGACAGAGAGGGCUGGCUACUCAAACUGGGAGGGGGACGUGUAAAAACCUGGAAGAGGCGAUGGUUUAUCCUCACAGAUAAUUGCCUCUACUACUUUGAGUACACAACUGACAAAGAGCCAAGAGGAAUCAUCCCAUUGGAAAACCUAAGCAUAAGGGAAGUUGAGGACAAGAAGCCUAAUUGUUUUGAGCUUUUCAUUCCCGACAAUAAGGACCAGGUGAUAAAAGCUUGUAAGACAGAAGCAGAUGGUCGUGUUGUUGAGGGCAACCACACCUUUUACCGAAUCUCUGCUCCAACUGCAGAGGAAAAGGAUGAAUGGAUAAACAGUAUCAAAGCUGCCAUCAGCAGAGACCCUUUCUAUGAGAUGCUUGCAGCCAGAAAGAAGAAAGUCUCGUCCAUGAAGAGGCACUAGAGCUGUUGUUCAUUCCAAUCAUUGCACUUGAUGGAGCACAGGCCACACCUGCCCCUGACCUCUGACCUCUGACCUCUGACCUCUCUGAGGUCUUUCUCUUGGACUCGGACUGAAUCUGCCCUAGGACUGUACGGGCUGGGAGCAGGAGCAUGCUGCUGUGUGUAGAUAAGAGUCCGGACUGAAGACUCCUAUGGGCAUGUCUCUCUCUAUUGGCUUUGUGUGUGCUCUGAGGGGAUCCAAAACCCUCCUUUAAACAAACAUGCCCCGUACACCUGGUUUAAUCUCAGCGGGUCUGACCAGUUGUAAGCCAAACCAAAAUAUUUGUGUAUUGGAAAUUUCUAAUGUUCUUUAAUAUGUUAAAAUAUGGCUAUUUUUACAGCUUUUAUGUCGACUCCAGUUCACGUAUUCUUUUAUCAUUUUUGUUUCAAGGCGAAACUGUUAAGUGGCUGUGUGUCCAGUGGAUUUUUAUACAAAGUUUGGACACAAAAACAUGUCUGUUAAGAUAUUGCCACUUGGGAGAUUGUUCCAGAAACUUCUUAUAGCAUACUUUGAUGCAUAUCCUUCUCCUGAGGAAUGAAAAGCCAGUCUGUUCCCUAAACUGAGGUGCUUUUGUGAGUUGGACUGCACCGUGUGGGACAUCCUGCUCUAGGUGAAGUGCCAGCUGUCAGGAUAGGGGAUGCAGCUAAAUUGGCAAAGCUGUACCUCAUCUAAUCCUAGUACAGCCCACAGAGGAGAGGGAUAUAGGCCUGUCUCUUCUCUGUGGAUGGGACAUAAAGCAGAGGAAUUGAGGAGUUACUGUUAUGAUGAAACAGGUUUUUCAUAAUAGUUGUGCCCAGUGUUCCUGUGGGAGCAAUGGGAGUGUACAUUCAGUGCCCAUUUCACAUCCUGAAGAGAUUUCCUGGCAUUGUAGUCCGGUUAACCCUUGCCAUCUCAAAUAUCUACUUUUUAAAAUGCCUAUCUUCAUAACCUAAAUGUACUUCCUUUGUGGCUCUAUUGUGCCUGGUGCUCUAGGUUAAAUAUGAAAAUGCUGCUGGUUAGCGAGAGUUAUUCCCUUUUCUUAUCUUGUUAAUUUCUUUGUCAUUUAUUUUUGUCAAGCAGUACCAGACUGUUAUCUGGUAUUUUAAACCAAUUCAGUUUAAAGGUGCACUGUGUAACUUUUCUGGAGGGGGUCUGGAACAUGUUUAUCUUCAUGAAGAUGUUGAUGAUUUGGUUUAAAUUAUCCACAGUAUGGUAUUAAACUAAUAUCUUGUAUUUAUUCUACUACAGGUAUUAUUUAUUGCUCAAAAAUAUCUUAAAAAACAUCCAUUCUUACUCUGAAUGGGCUCUCCACAAAUCUAAACUGUGAUUUGGCUUGCAAGUCUUCAUGGAAAUUCAUAAGUUUAUGGAAUAUUCUAGACACGUCCAUGGUUCAAGUGGUGACGGACCCUCCAGCAGACAAGUUACGCAGUGCA